CUAAAAAAGAAAUAAGGAGAAUGAGGCGAACCCAGCUCUUCCUUGGAGACAAACUACACAAUCUACCUCUUUUCCCUCUCCAGAAACUGGCAAUAGUCUAAUUCCUUUCAGCAACAAAAAGAAAGGGGGAAAAAUGGGCCGCCAGGGGGUGCGAAAGUUGGUAGAUGUCAAAGUUGAUGUGGCUUAAUGCGGGGAUGAGAUCUCAACUGAUUUCCCAGUGGAGGUGGGGCAAAUUCAGAUGGAGCUGGCAGACUUCUGUUCACAAGUUCCAAGCACAUACCCUGGGACAGAAGGGGAUCAUUCUACUGAGCGGGCUUUGGUGGCUAUCCCUCAACAGCCACACCUUCGAUGCUGAUUAUAGCCUGGAACUAUCAGGGGAUGGGACGACCCCUGACAAUCCAGAACCUCCGAGGGUUAUGUAUAACCCAUCGCCCCAACUUAGUCUUCCUUAUGGAGACGAAGAAUAAAAGCUCCAAACUAGAGAGAAUCAAGCGGUGCUUCAACUUUGCUCACUCCUGUUAUGUUGAGCCGGUAGGGAAUUCAGGCGGCUUAGCUUUAUGGUGGGAUGACAACCUCCAGUUAGAUGUGAGACAGAAGACCAAGCAUCAUAUUCGGUGUGUUGUUACUUUAUCUAACCGCCUCAUUCAGUGGGCAACAUCCUUCAUAUAUGCUCCAUCUCAACGAAGCGUGCAUAAAGAGUUUUGGGAAUCUUUUAGAAAAAUUGCUGAAGGAAAUCAAUACCCUUGGAUGUGUAUAGGGGACAUUAAUGAAAUAGGCUCCUGCUCGGAAAAGCAAGGGGGAGUAGCAGUUCGGAUGAGUCAGGUGCAGAAGUUUCAAGAAUUACUAUCUGAAUGUAAGUUAAUGGACCUAGGAUUCAAAGGGGCUGCGUACACCUGGUCGAAUAACCAAAUGGGAGAACACAAUGUUCGGGAGCGAUUAGAUCGAGCUGUUACUUCUAUGGAAUGGCGCGUCCUCUACUCUCAAGCCCAGGUCUCAAAUGUUCCAACUUGUCCAAAAGCUCAAAUCCUGUAAGAUUGAUCUGCGUAGUUGGAGCCGUGAAAUGUUUAGGAAUAAUAAAUUUCAAUUAGCCCUCCUAAAAUCCCGACUUGAUGAGGUUCAGGGAAAACCUCCAUCAGAGGCUUAUAUGCAACAUCAGAACCAACUUAAGCGGGAGAUAGAAGUGCUGCUCGGACGAGAGGAAAUGUAUCUGCACCAAUGUUCCCGUAUUAGAUGGCUACAAUAUGAGGACAGAAACUCUUCUUUUUUUAAUGCCUCUGUUAUCCAACGUCGACAAAGGAAUCAAAUUCUAAAGCUUCAAAAGGAGGAUGGUACGUGGGUAGAGUCCGUUUCUGAAAUAGACAACUAUAUCCGAGAAUACUUUGAAAAUCUGUUUUCAAAUGUUGGAGUUAGAGACAUGGAGUCAGCUCUGUCAGUGGUAGAGCCUCUGGUUUCAAGGGAGAUGAACACUCUUCUUAUCAAACCAGUUACGGAUACAGAGAUCAAAGAGGCAGUGUUCCAAUUAGGUCCAUUAAAAUCUCCGCGGUCGGAUGGAUUUCCUGGUUUCUUUUACCAUACUUAUUGGGACACAGUGAAUUCUCAGAUCUUUAAUGUUGUCGGGAGCUUUUUCAAUGGUGGCUAUCUCCUAAAAGAAUUGAACCAAACAAAUUUGGUUUUGAUCCCAAAAGUCCCUCACCUUGAAAAAUUAUCGCAUCUUCGGCCAAUUAGUUUGUGCAACUUUAGCCUGAAGAUAAUUACGAAGAUUCUGGCCAAUCGUUUGGAGCAAGUCUUGGGCAAACUAAUCUCCCCUCAAUAGUCUGCUUUUGUUCUAGGAAGAAUGAUUCAAGACAAUAUUCUAGUUGCUCAUGAAACUUUCCACUCCCUUAAAAUCCUGAGGAGGGGGUACACCGGCGAUGAAAAUUAAGUUGGACUUCAAUAAGGCCUAUGACAGAAUUCAGUGGGAUUUUCUCUUAGCAGUAUUGGCAAGGAUGGGUUUUCACUCUAAAUGGAUCCAGUGGAUAAGGGAGUGUGUGACCACAGUCAGGUUUAGAAUUGUUGUCAAUGGGGCUAUUCAAUUAGCUAUAACUCCGUCCCGAGGUUUACGACAAGGGGAUCCUCUUUCACCCUACCUGUUUCUUUUGGUGUCCGAUGUGUUUUCCAAACUUCUCAGCAUUGGUUUGAGAUCUCGUGAAUUUUCCAGAUUAAAGCUUGCUAGACAUUGCCCAACUCUCUCGCAUCUUCUCUUUGCUGAUGAUGCUCUUUUGUUUCUUAAAGCGGAUCCUUAAGAAAGUGCUAACUUGCUGGACAUUCUCCGUACAUAUUGUGAGGCUUCGGGCCAAGUUAUCAAUUUUGAUAAAUCCAAUAUUACCUUUGCUUCAAAUGUCCCUCAGAACAUUCAAGAUGAGAUCUGUCAAAAAACUGGAAUUACCAAAGCUUCUUCAACUGUAAGUUAUCUGGGAUUGCCAUCUUCUUGGGGAAGAUCAAAGGCUGAAGCUUAUAGCUAUCUCCUUGAAAAAAUGUUAUCCAAGCUCCAAGGGUGGAAAGCAAAACUUCUCUCUUUAGCUGGUCGCGAAGUCCUUCUUAAGGCUGUUGCCCAAUCUCCCCCAUCGUACGUUAUGGCCUGCUUUGCGUUUCCCAAACAUUUUUGCGAAAAAUUGAACUCCUAUAUUCGUAACUUUUGAUGGGGAGGGGAUUCGGAGAGUAAAGGAAUUCACUGGGUAAAAUGGGAGGUUCUAACACUUUCAAAAUCUAAAGGAGGCUUGGGCUUUCGUGAUUUUCAUGAUUUCAACUUAGCUCUUUUGGCCCGCCAAGGAUGGCGGUUGCUUAAAAAUCCCAAUUCUUUUUGUGCUCGCAUUUUGAAGGGUAUAUAUUACCCUAACACUGAUUUUUUGCACGCCUCAAGCAGCCGAAGAGCAUCUUGGGCCUGGGCUAGUUUAAUGCAAGGAAGGAGUCUCUUAACUGAAGGCAUCCGUUGGCAAGUUCAUAAUGGUUUAUCCAUAUCUAUCUGGACUGACAAAUGGGUCCCAGGGCUUCCUGGUUUUAAGAUUGGCACAGUUCAACAUUUGGGGUGUAACCUUCAUAGGGUUGAGGAUUUGAUUAACAGUCGGAGAGAGUGGAACUUGCCUACUCUAAAUCAAGUCUUAUUGGCAGAAGAGGUAUCUGCAAUCAGGUCUAUCCCUAUUUCAGUGAAAGGGAGAGAAGAUAAUCUCAUCUGGCACAAUGAGGCAAAAGGAAUUUUCUCUGUUAAAUCGGGCUAUCAUUUAAAGGGCCAGGAGAAACGCAAAAGGGCUGCCUAUUGUGCUUCAUCAUCAUUCCAAGUCCCAGAAAAAGUGUGGAAAAUUAUUUGGCAUCUCCCCGUUCCACUGAAAAUUCACCACUUUUGGUGGCGGGCUUGCACCAACUCUUUAGCCACAAAAGAUAACCUUUAUAGACGUAAGUGUGCCCAAUCGAACCAAUGCCCUAUUUGUUGGAAAGCCCCAGAAACAGUGGAACAUCUUCUGUUUGGCUGUGGAUGGGUGCGAGCUGUUUGGUUUAGGAGCCCACUGAAUUUCAUAAUAAAUAUUGAGGAGGUUUCAUUAGUGUUGCAUUGGACUUGUGCAUUGGUAGAUUAACAGGGGACUCAAUCCUCUGCAUCUCAACUUUUGGGGCAGUUUGCAUGGUUGGGUUGGUUAAUUUGGAAGGGAAGGAAUGACUAUAUCUUCAACCAUGUUGGGGUAGAACCCUUAUCCACUUUAUUUCGCUUCCAGACGGGCACAGAAGAGUGGCUCCGAGCACAUCCCUUGACACCCUCUUCCAGCCUUCGUUCCACAAGGCCUGAGCUGCUUUUGGAUACUCAACUUGCUUGGCAACCCCCUCCUCCAGGAGUCAUAAAAAUCAACUGUGAUGUCGCAAUGGGAAUAGGCUCUGAUAAGGCUGUGGUGGCAACUGUGUUUAGAAAUUCUCAUGGUCAAAUUUUGGAUGGUUUUACUCAAAAAGUCAACAUCUCAUCUUCCUUCCUAGGGGAAGCAUGGGCCAUUCGAUCGGCUUGUUAUGCGGCUCGCGCCCACAACCUCUCUUCUGUUGAAAUAGAGGGGGAUAACAAAACUAUCAUCUUUCUGUAUGUCUCUGAGACUGAUCCUCCCUGGGAAGUUGCUGCCAUUAUUUAUGAUAUCAGAAGCUUGGCUCGGGAAGGGUCCUUUUUGUUUUCCUAGUGUCCGAGAGAGGCUAGCACAGCAGCCCAUUGGACGGCGAAAGCAAUGCACAAAGGAUUGCUUCCUGCAGACUGGGUUUCCAACCCUCCUUCUGGUUUAGUCGCCUGUUUGGCUUUUAGCUAGUCGUCGUUUUUUUUUUUGCUGAUGUACCUGAUCAAAAAAAAAAUAUAUAUAUAUAUAUAUAGUUGCCUAGUAGAAAGGCCAAAAUCAGCUAUUUCUUCUGGCAUUAGUUCAACGAAUACUACGACUUCUUUUGGGAGUCUGUUAAAA